AUGGAGAAAGCUGAAGGGGUACUAGGAAAGGUUGAGACAACCCUGAGGCCAACUGAAGAUUCCAGACCUGAAACAAUAACGGAUGAAGAGAGGUUCAUGUUUCGAAAACUUGGUCUAAGGAUGAAGGCAUUUCUGCUCCUCGGCAGAAGAGGAGUUUUUGAUGGCACAAUUGAGAACAUGCACUUGCACUGGAAGUAUUGGGAACUAAACCAUGAAACAUUGAUCUAA